GCAAUUCACAUUGCAAACCGGUUAUGCUGCUCAACUGUGGCAUUGUUGUAUCAUUAUUCGGUAAUAGCGGCAUUUUGCUGGAUGUUGCUAGAAGGCCUUCAUUUGUACUUGGCAUUAAUUCGAGUGUUUGAAACAAAAACACGCAUUCUACCAUUUUAUCUGUUUUCAUAUGGUUUCCCAGCCGUCAUUGUUGGUGUGACAGCCAGCGUAGCUUGGGAUGACUAUGGAAGUGAUAAUGGCUGCCUUGUGUACCCGCCAGCGUUCUGGGCUGUCUGCAUACCAGGUCUUGCAGUUAUUUUGGUAUUGAAGUGCAAUUUUUGCUUAUCAACAUCAUUUUGCAUGCCUUCUACUGCAGGCAAACGUGAUUAUCCUUUUCAUUGCGCUGAGAGUGGUUUUAUCGACAAAUAG